UACUCGACCUUCUCCUCGGAUUACUGCUUGGGGAGAUGAUGAAGUAUUGGACAGGAAACGAAGAUUGAAAAAACUUGGUGGAUAUGCAAAUGAGAAUCUCAAAAUAUGGGUGAUAGAAAAUGAGAUAAGGGAUUGCGUUGAUGGAAAUGCAACGACAAUGGCGAGUGAGAAUGAGGACGAUGAGAAAUUUGUAUCCAAUCUGAACAAAGAUGUUAUUAAACGAGUAAGUGUUUUACAAUAUUCAUCGUGACUAUCUAUAUUAGCAUUGAACCUUUGUAUUAUGAUGUUAUUAAUCACGUUCGUAUAUAUCACUAGGUUGAUGGUGGGAACUUAAUGGAGAUGGAUAAAACCUUUCAACAAUUAAAGACACAUCUACUUGAUAUGGCUUAUGGUGCAAGUAGUAGUAGUUGUGAUAAAAUUUUGGCUAAAUUUGAGGAGAAUUAUACUCAAGUGAAAGGUCUCUUCCUUAGGUCAAGCGGAAAACCUUUGAGAAUGCACGAGGAAGGAACGAAGAAUGACAUGCUCUCAUGCGAGAGAAGUUUGGAAGAUACGAACAAUAUGAAUGUGAAUGAACAUUAUCUUCACACUUUGUCAAAUGAGAAGUUAUGCACCGAGGACUUGAAUGAAAAGAAUGAAGAUGCAUGUGCUACAUCAAUUGAAGUGCAUAUCAUUCCAGACGAAAAUGAAAAUAUUUUACCACUUCCAAUCAAAAGGAGUAGAAGAGAUUAUGGAAAGGAACCAUUACGAGCACUAUGUGGUUAUCCUAAUCAUGUCAUGAAAACACGUUCAUCAAGGGAGAGGAAACCAAGUAAAUUCAAGGUCUCCCCGUUUGUACAGAAAUCAAGGAAGAUGGUAAAACGUGAAGCAUCAGAGUGAGCUUCUUGUUGACUUUGGUCAUGAACAUGGAGUUCGUGGAGAUUUUGCAUGCUUACGUCCUAGACAAAAUUUGAUGGAUGUUGUAAGUACCUACUUCAUUUAUAUCAAAUGCAUCCUAUAUUAGUUAAAUAAAUUUAUUGAAGUUAUUGUUCAACAACAGGUAAUAAAUUUAGAAGCCUCAAAGCUAAAUUAUUUUGAAAGACAAUUCAUAGGCAUACGAAGUAUAAGAUGCUA